AUGUCUAAGUUGUGCGUAUACCUCCUGAUCUUUGCUUUUUUAAAAAGUUGGAAAAUGGAGAUUUACAUGGUAGGUGUGUAUCAAAAGGGAGAACAUCACCUGCUUAACCAUUUAAAUGAAAAAAACAGCUACAACUACUCUGUUCGAAGGAGAAGAAACACAGGGUUCCCUUUCUUAAGGAAAAAUGAUUAUGAAAUAAUAAAGAAUAAUCACAAUAUUGGUUUCUAUGAAAAAAACGGACAAAGUGGUGGGAUAAAACAAAGGGAACAUUUUCGUUAUCAAUUUGAUAAAGACAAAAUAGCUAGCUUACUAGUUAAAUUAGGGAAAAAAAAAAAAAAAAAAAAAAAAAAAAACUUUUUUAUUGGGCAUAAUUUAGCUAGUUCUAUUAGUAAAAAUAUGCAUGGUCAGGUAAAAAGAGAUAAAAGAAAUUUCCUUUUUAACGAAGAUGAAAAUGAAAAAAUGGAACCAUUAGACCCAGAAUUACAUGAAAGCUUAAGUGGGUGUAUAGAAAAUGAUAUUAAAGACAAUUACUUUGAUUCAAUGAUAGAUUGCAGUGAAGACGACUAUAAUUCUGAUGAUAUCAAAUUUGAUAAAGAUGACUUAAGUGAAGAAACAAAGAGAAAAAAAUAUUACGCUUACGGAAGAAGGUUUACAGAUAAAGAUUUUCAGUCUGAACAUGUACAUAAAUAUUAUCAACAUUUACCUAUAUAUUAUGAUGAUAAUGAUGAUAAUAAUAAUGGAUCAUUUACAAAAUUUAAAAGAGUUUACAAAGCCAAUAAAAUUGAAAAUCUGGAAAGAAAUAUAAGAGAAGAAGACUUACAAUAUCCAUCUGUCCCAGUUAAUUGGAAAGUAUACGUAUGUCUAUUUUUUGAUAAAAAAUAUAAUUACGAGAAUGAAGAGGAUAAAAAAAUUUAUGACAUGUUUAAUAAAAAUAUACGUCACAAAUAUGUUUUGGAAUUUUUAUCUUGGGUAAAAUUGUCCACAAGAAUAUAUCAAAAUACAUCAAAAAUACUCAUGUUAUUUAAUUUAAAAAGAAACGACAAUAUAUUUGGAAAUUUGCUAUUUUUUACUUCAGUAAACUUACAUUAUGCAGAUAUGUUUAUGAAGUCCAACCCGUAUGUAAAACUAGGUUUAUGUGAAGAGUUAUAUUUAUAUGCAUACGAAAGUAAUAAUGAUCACUUUUUAAUAGGAGUUUUUCCCAAUUUAUUUUUGCAAAAAAAUUACCUAUUUAUCAAAUUUUUCAACAAGCAUAAAUUGAAUGAUAUUAAUGGCUUGUAUGAAAAACACAUGCGCUUUUAUGUAAGAUCGAAUAUGAUUUUCAAAUUGGGAGUUUUGAAAAAAGCAUCCAAAGAUAGUUUGAAGGAUUUUUUUUUGACUACCAACCAAUAUUUACCAAUAACGGAAGAUCAGACUAAGAGCAUCCUUUCCAAAUUCGACAAGGAGAUGAGAAUGUUCGAUCGAUGUAGUGAUGUGGAGGUUGGAUCAGAUUGUGAAAUACGAAAGGUGCACUAUGGGGAGGAGAACAUAGACGAGGGUACCUCCAAUGAAGAGCAGGAUGUUAAUAAUGUGGAAGAGAGUACUGCUACAAGUGAUGAUGCUCAUGACAUAGAAACGGACAAAUAUUUUGAAAAGUACAAUGAUAAAUGCUUGGCAGAAUUAAAUAUAGCCAAUUGCAAAGAUGAAGAAGAAGCUCGUGAAUUUCUAGAAAAAGAUCCUUAUAUGAGGUGCUGUUUUUACGAUAGCAUUUUUUUUUGCGAAGUACGUGAAGUGGUUCCACAUGCAAAAUAUUCGGAUGGGUACGUACCAAAAAUGAAGUCCAAUUUGGACUACAAAUAUGAGUUAGAUUCGAAUUUGAACCCUAAUUACUCCCUAGAAGAUAAACCAGAAUAUAUGGGAAAUAAAAGUCUCUCUGAGAAAAAACUUGAAAAUUAUGAAAAAGUAAAUUUUGACAUUUUAGACACUUUCAUUAAGUUGAAAUAUACAAACCAGGAGGUUGAGUAUGAAGAAUGGGAUAGACAAAAUGACAUUCGUGAUGUGAUGAUGACCCCUUCGAAGGAGGAAUUUAAACCAGAGAACUUGGCAGAAACAAAUUCUAAAUGUGGAGGCAACGGAGUAACGGUAGCAGAAUUAAAUACCACCACACCUCGUUCCAUUCUUUUAAAACAUAAAGAAAAUAGAAAGAAAAAUAUGAAAAAAUACAAAAUAAAAAUAGUAGAUUACAACAAUGAUUACAUAGAAUAUAUCUGCAAUGUUCAAAGAAAUAAAAUUGCAUACAUCAAAGCAGAAGAGAAAAGGAAUGAAAUAAACAAAGGUAUCAGCAGUUGGUCUCAUGAUAUAUAUGAUGUUUUAAAUGAAGAUAUGAGAGAUCCUAAUAUUCAUAAAAAAAAAAAUGUUAUACUAAUAGAUAACACGUUACAAUUCUUUGAUCAUAUAUUUUUUAAAGAUUAUUUGUCCAAUUUUGUAUACAUAUCAUUGCCCCCUGGUGAAUUUAUUGAAGAACCUUAUGCAAUUAAAGAUGAAAAAAAUUAUGACUUUACCAUUUUUAACAAUUCAUUGGCUACCCAAGAUGAUUUUCUUAAGAGACAGAAUUAUCAACCAAGAUUUUUAAAAGGCAUAUGGUUGAAAAAAGAACAUUCGAAAAUAUUAUUUUAUGAUAAACAAAACAAUGCUUUAAUGUUUGGUACUGGAAUUGACAAAACUUUCUCAUGGAACAAAAAAGUAGAUAAUCAUAUCAUGAAAAGAGCACUUAUUAAUAUGGAGAUAGCUUUGGAAAAACUACGACAGGGCAGUUGUGUAACAACUGACGAUAUAACAGUUAAUCAGCCAACAGAACGUACGAUAAAAGAAUACACAGAUGAGUAUACCUCCUUCGAAAGGAGGUUCACCUCUCCCCAUAACCAACUCCCUACAUCGGCAGGAUAUCCGGACUACAAACCUCCCCCAGGACUUGAAUAUCUGAACCCUCACAUCUGGGAAAAGACCCCGGAUGAGCACAAAGAACUAAUGCUUGAUACGGAGAAAGUCCAGAAAAUACACUCGAACUUUUUAAAGAAACUAGAGUUGUAUAAAGUGUCGAUUAAUGAUGAUCCAUUUACACAAAAAGUUCCAUCAGAAAAUGACAUUCUAAGUAAUAAUGAUAAGGUUGACAUUGAAUAUUUGUGA